AUGAUUCACCAGAUUAUCACGCAAAAAGUACGCUCCCUUUUGACCAACUACAAACAGCCUGAUCUCUCCGCACUUGACCAGCUGGCGUCGGUCCAAUCGUUGGCGCUUUUUCAGAUAAUUUGCCUCUUUGAUGGAGACAUUCGCAUGCGGGCCGAUGCAGAGCCAAUUGAGCCAACAUUUUCGAACUGGAUUGCACAACUGAGGCUCCGGUCGUGGAUAUUUGCGGAGAGUGUCCGGCGAACCGUCAUCAUCGGAUUUACCAUACAAGGACUUUAUUGUUUCCUCAAGAAUGGAUGGGACAAUUCCCAUCGCCAAUUUGAGAGUUUGUCAUUCUUCGCACAGAAGGCGCUUUGGGCUGCUCACUCUGAAUAUCAAUGGCGCUCAGCUCUCGGUACGCAUUCACCACUUCCAGUCCGUUUCUCCAAGUGGGAUACAGACAUUACCGCCGCGAGCCCACUAGAGACUGACGAUCUGGCCAUGUUGAUGAUGGUUUUGAUCAGAGGUGGUGAUCACUGUUCUUUUUGGGUGGGAAAUGAGAAUUGGACAAGCUCAUGGGUUUUGAAUAAUUAA